CGGGGCAGGCCGGGAAGGGCGCGGGGCAGGCCGGGAGUGCCCCGGGAGCGCCCCGGGAGCGGCGCAGCAGCACCGGUACCGGCACCGGGAGCGGCACCGGCAGGAUGUGGUACGAGAUCCUGCCCGGUAUGGCCAUCAUGGGCGUCUGCCUCAGCAUCCCCGGCCUCUCCACCAUCUUCAUGCACCGCCUGUGCAACGGCGGCAAGGAGAAGAGGAUCGCCCGCUACCCCUUCCAGUGGACGCUGAUGGAAAGGGACCGGCGGAUCUCGGGUGUCAACAAGUACUACGUGUCCAAGGGUCUGGAGAACAUAGACCAAGGUGGCAGCACUUUGAAGAAUCCACGUGUCUACAGAGAAUGAUUUAACUCUUAAAUAAAGAUAUAUGUGUGUUCAGCCCUUG